AUGGAGGGACGACCGGCUUGGUCGAAGGAUGCUUUGUGGGAUGAAAGGGAGGACAAUCCUUUGUUGAUGCCGGCGCUGCCAAAUUUCGAGCUCAAUUUCUUUCACGGGCCUCUAGCUAAGAGUUCGAGAUUUGCGAACUUAAGCGACCAGGAGCUUAAUCAGCUGGUUGAACAAAGACACUCAGAGAAGACUAAAAAAGUAACAAACUGGUCUGUAUCAACCUUUCGAGCCUGGUGCUCAGAGAAAACUUUACAAACACCGCUCGAAGACAUGACGAUUGGUCAGCUGGACCACAACCUGAGGCGAUUUAACGCCGAAGCACGAACUCAAAAAGGGGAGCCAUACAGUAAAUCCACCUUGCUUGGAUUCAGACACGGAACUGAAAGAUAUCUCAACUCUCCUGCAUACAACAAAGGGCCCCAACUAGCAAGUGACCCGAGAUUUGUGCGGUCGAACCAAGUGCUAGGCGCACAACUUGUCAAUUUAAAACGAAGCGGAAAGGAAAACAUAACCCACAAACCUGCUAUUGAAGAAGAGCAUCUCAAACAGCUCAAAGCUAGUGUUGUUUUUUCGCUUUCCUACCCGCUCUCACUUUUGAAAAAUAUCUGGUUCCAUAUCGUUCUUUUCUUUUGCCGGAGAGGCAGUGAGGGACAGAGAGGUCUAACAACCAAACGAUUCAAUUUUGGCGUCAAUGCAGCCGGGCGAAAAUUCGCAACCAUGGCCCAUGAUGAAGGUUCGCAGAAUCAUCCCGCGGUGUCAAUGACAAACCCAAUAACGAAAAGGAGGCUAGAAUUUACGAAACUGCAGACCAAUACGACGGCUAUAAGGCUCCAAAGCACUACCUUGAAAAUAUAAACCCGAGAUGCGGUGCGUUUUUCCAGUAUCUCAAGGCAAAUUUCAGCCCUAAAGAAGACGUGUGAUUCGAUCAACGGCCACUAGGCAUCAAAACGCUGGCAAACACGAGGAAAAUAUCAGCGAAGCGGCUGGGCUGUCCAAAAUAUACACAAGCCACAGCAUCGAAGCGACGGUCAUAACUCUGUGGUGCAAUGCUGGCGUCC